AGAAGAAGAGGAGUUUGCAACACUGGGAUCGGUUUUCCACCUUGCGCAUGCGCAUUGCACACCUACUAUCGGCCGGUGCAGGGAGACAGCGAAUCCAAACCGUUCCUAGAUCCUACAGUAACUUCAUUGGCCUGGUGAGCAGAGAUUUCCCUUAACCUGCAUGAGUCAUGGCCCAAUUCGGGGGACAGAAGAAUCCGCCGUGGGCGACUCAAUUUCCUGCCACAGCAGUUUCUCAACCAGGUCACUCAGGACAGUCUAUUGACCUUAACAGCCUGCACUCUCUUGGGGUACAGCAGCCAUCUCUUCUGGGAGCAUCUCCUUCCGUUUAUUCCCAGCAGACAGCUUUGGCUGCUGCCUCUCUCAGCAACCAAUCUGCUGCAAACUAUCAGCUGUCUCAACAAACAGCUGCCUUGCAGCAGCAAGCUGCAGCAGCUGCUGCCGCAGCACUUCAGCAGUCUCAGAUCAAUACAGCACUCCAGCAGUAUCAGCAGCAUCAGCAGCAGCAGCAGCAGCAGCAACAACAACAGCAACAGCAGCAGCAGCCUCCCCAACAACCCCCUCAACAGCAACUGUACAAUGUACCUCACCAGCUUCCUCAGCCUCAACAGGCUCUGCUCUCUCAGCCCCCUGUUGCCUUGCCCACAAGUCUGAGCUUGUCCAACCCCCAACAGACAGCCCAGAUAACUGUGUCAUAUCCAACACCACGCUCCAGCCACCAACAGCAGACACAGCCACAGAAGCAGCGAGUCUUCACUGGUGUCGUCAAUAAGCUACAUGAUACAUUUGGCUUUGUAGAUGAAGAUGUCUUCUUUCAACUAAGUGCUGUGAAGGGCAAGACUCCCCAGGUUGGUGACAGGGUCCUUGUGGAGGCUGUGUACAACCCAAAUUUGCCCUUCAAGUGGAAUGCUCAGCGGAUCCAGACUUUACCUCAGCUAGCAAAUCAGUCGCAUCAGCAGCAGCCUCAGCCUUUACCUCAAGCUUCCCCUCAGCUCGGCAGCCUUUACAAUGAGCCUGGGAUGCAGCUGCGCUACACAGACAUGCACUCUACGGACAACAGACAAAAUAGUCAGCCCCAAGGUCCCAACAUGAUAAAGGCUGGCCCCACCAUGCUGCAGUCACUACCUCCCCCAACCACAUUCAGUGUUCCAGCCCAGGCCCCUCCUCCUUCCCUUCUGCAGGCCCAACUUUCUGCUGCCUCUCUGGCCCCUCUCCUCCAAAACCCCCCACAGCCUCUGCUUCCACAGCCUCCACCAAAAGAUGUGUUUCCUGGUGGUCUUCUUCAGCCUCCGGUAAGGAUGAUGCCACAGCCGCAGCCUGUUAGACGAAUCGAGCCCCCCCCUCGUUUCCCCACGCGCAACGAUCGCGGCCCAGAGCUCAUCCUUAGGUCUAAAGAGGAGCGCAGAGACAGAGAGCGUGAGCGCAGGCGAUCAAGAGAACGCUCACCCACCCGCAAACGAUCCAGAGACCGCUCCCCAAGACGUGAGCGCUCUCCGAGACGGCCUCGUAGAGUGGUGCCCCGCUACACAGUCCAGUUUUCCAAGUUCAGCUUGGAUGGCUCUAGCUGUGACUUGAUGGAACUCAGAAGACGCUAUCAAAGUCUCUACAUUCCCAGCGACUUCUUUGAUGCAGUCUUCACCUGGGUCGAUGCCUUCCCUUUUACACGGGCAUUUCAGCUCAAUAAUGCCUGUAACUUCCACAUCCUGCACAAAGAGGUGGAUCCUCUAGUCAAAAACACAGCUGUGCUGGACCCUCCUGAUGUUAAUCACACCUACAGCGCCAAGGUGAUGCUGCUGGCUAACCCCAGUAUAGAGGAGCUCUACCACAAGUCAUGUGCUCUUGCAGAGGACCCACAGGAAGUCAGAGACUCCUUCCAGCAUCCUGCUAGACUCAUUAAGUUUCUGGUGGGCAUGAGAGGUAAAGAUGAGGCCAUGGCCAUUGGUGGUCACUGGUCACCCUCCCUAGAUGGAGCUGACCCAGAGAAGGAUCCAUCGGUCCUUAUUAAGACAGCCAUACGCUGUUGCAAGGCACUCACAGGCAUAGACCUUAGUCUUUGCACUCAAUGGUAUCGUUUUGCAGAGAUUCGCUAUCAUCGGCCGGAGGAGACACACAAGGGGCGGACAGUCCCUGCUCAUGUGGAGACAGUGGUUUUGUUUCUUCCGGAUGUUUGGCAUUGUCUUCCUACCCGCUCAGAGUGGGAGGUGCUGUCACGGCGACUCCGGGAGCAGCUGGCUGAGAAGCUGUCGGUCGAGCGAAAGGAGGCGGAUGGAGAACAGGAGGAAGAGGAAAAGGAUGAUGAGGAGUCAAAGGAUGUUAGUACUCCCACACACUGGGCAAAACUUGACCCGAAAUCGAUGAAGGUAAAUGACCUCCGCAAAGAGCUGGAUUGUCGCUCCCUGAGCUCCAAGGGUUUAAAAUCACAGUUGAUUGCUCGCCUCACCAAGCAGCUGAAAGUGGAGGAGCAGGUGGAGGAGUCCAAGGAGCCUGAGAAGCCAGAGACUAAAGUUGUUGAGGAAGAGGAGCCAGCUCGAGUCGAAGAUGACAAAGAGGAAGAGGAAAGGAAGAAGCAGGAGGAGCUUGAGCGUCAGCGGAGAGAGAGGCGCUACAUCCUCCCUGACGAGCCCACCAUCAUUGUCCACCCAAACUGGGCUGCUAAGAACGGCAAAUUUGAUUGCAGUGUCAUGUCCCUGAGUGUGCUGCUGGACUACAGACUGGAAGACAACAAAGAGCACUCUUUUGAGGUCUCCCUGUUUGCUGAGCUGUUUAAUGAGAUGCUGCAGAGAGACUUUGGAUAUCGCAUUUACAAAGCCUUUGCUGCUCUGCCCUCCAAAGAAGAGAGGAAGGAGAAGAAGGCCAAAAAAGAGGCAGACAAGAAGGAGGUCGAAAAGCGUGAAGGGAAAAAGGAGAAAGAGGAAGAGGGUGAAGAGCCAGCAGCAAAAAAGACCAAGGAAGAUGACGAGGACAAGAAGAAGUGUGAAGAGAAGCCCAUCAAAAAGCAGGAGUCUCGAGAUGAGGAGGACAACGAAGAUGAUGGCAGCACAGCCAACGUUGAAGAGUACGACCCCCUCGAGGCUGAAGAUGCAGAUGACGAUGAGGAGGACGACAAAGAUGACGAUGACUCCAACGACAGAGACCGUAAAGACCGCAAAGAUGACCGCAAGUCGUCAAAAGAACGGUCCUCCAAAGACAAGGAGAAGAAGCAGAUGGUCACACACAACAGGGAGCUGCUCAUGGCCUUCGUCUACUUUGACCAGAGCCACUGUGGCUAUUUGCUGGAAAGAGACCUGGAGGAGAUCUUGUACACUCUGGGUCUGCACCUGUCUCGUGCACAGAUAAAGAAGCUUUUGAACAAACCAGUGGUCAGAGAGUCUUGUUACUACAGAAAACUGACGGACAGGGGAAAGGAUGACCCGACUCCCUCCUUUAAUGAAGCCCAGAUAGAAAACCUGAUAGGUAACCGAGGACUGAUUCCUACUUCAAAGGUCCGUGUUAAGUCCGAGACCACUGAGUCUGGUAAUCUGAUCGUGUACAACGGGGCCAUGGUGGACAUUGGCAGCAUGAUGCAGAAACUGGAGAAGAGCGAGAAGGCCAGAGAGGAGAUAGAGCAGAAGCUCAUGCUUCAGGAUGCCAAAAUGGAGGGAGAUGCCAAAGUCAAAGCUCAGUUGGAACAAGCCAACAAAACCCUGACCAAGGAGCUGGAGGAGGUCAGAAGCACUCUCAGCCAAACUGAGGAGACCCUGAAGUCUGCCGAGGAGAAGAAGGAGAUCUAUCAUGAGCAGAUGAAGAAGUCGGUUACCUCUCUGACCGGCACCGUCAAAGGGCUGCUGGAAGUGCUGAAUAAGGAUCAAGAAGUGGAGGAGUCUGGUGUAGAGCUCACAGCGGAUCACAUUCGGACAUCUCAGACGAACGGAGCUGAUGAAUGAGUUACAGUUUUCACAUGAAUGAAGCUAAUCUGUAAUACUGAUCUUAAAUUGUAAAUACUCACUCAACGUGUAAUUUGACUGUGCUUUAUUUGAAUCUACUGUGUCCCAGGUGUCUGUAUAAUUUAAUUCAUGAGUUUAGUUCCCUUGAUUCAGUUCCAGUUGAGUAACUUUUCUUACUUUAAGUCAUUUUAAAACUUUUUUUUUUUAAAGCGUUGAAGCGCUUAUCUUCAAAGUAAGUUAAGUUCUGUUGCUAACAUUUGUUUUCUGCCGUAUUUUGAGCUUUGUUAUGGCCAAUAAAGUGCCGCUUUGUGGAUUUAAAUGCCAGUAUGUAUGAGUGGUACUUGAUUAUGUUUUUCUAAUGAGCAAUAAGGAUGCUAUUUAUGUGAGAAAGUAUUCAUAAAGAACUAUAUUUAAAAGAAACUAGUUUUGGAUGGAAAAGGGUGGGGAGGGUGUCCAUGUGUUUCGGAUAGAGUUUCCUCAUACUGAAUCCCUCUCUGCUGUUGACCGUGUAGAACUGUGUUCUAUAAGCAUUUCAUCUGUAUGUCUACCGUUUGGCUGGUAUAACGGGUUUCCGCAGUUUGUUUUCACACACACAGCUAUGCAUGGUUCCGGCCUUCUCUCGAACCUUUGUUCUGUCUGCACCUCCUGACUGCGUUGCCAGAAAGAGAGUCUCAAGUUUUUACUGUGAUGAGCGUUUGUCUGAUUUUCUGCAAAGGAAAACUGCACAUGAACCAAAAGCUAAGCUCAAUGAAUGUGUUCAGCUGAAGGAAUGAGCAUGAACAUUUCGAGAUCCAUCCUUGAUCCGUGUGUUGUUUGGGGUGUUCUUAGAAAGAGGCACAACUACAUUUAACGUCCUUGAAAGCAGGCGAUUUUAUUUUUCUAUUGAAAAUGUACUAUUGAUGUCUUGUGAAAAGUAAAGUGGUCCUUUUAACACUA